AUGUAUCUAAAAAGCUUUUGUGAUGAAGCUUCAUCUGAAACUUCAAAUCAAUCUAGUAAUUCAGAAAUAAAUAUUUCUCCGGUAUAUAAUCUUUUAAAUGACAGAGAAACAAUUUUAAGAGAAUUUUUAAAUAAAAGUGGUAUAUAUCUUAUUCAUAACAACGUAAACGGUAAACAAUACGUAGGUAGUGGUACGGAUUUAGCAAAAAGACUUGCUACUUACUAUUUCCCUUCUCGUUUGGUUGAUAAUCGUUAUAUUUCUAAUUCUAUCUUAAAAUAUGGACACGGUAAUUUUUCUGUAGUUAUUUUAUAUGUUUUAGGUAAUACUGAUAUAUCUAUAAAGAAAGAUAUUAUUAGUAAAGAACAAAAGUAUAUUGAUUUAUAUUUACCAGUUCUUAAUUUAAAUCCUAUUGCUGGAUCAAGUAUGGGUUUCAAUCAUUCAGAAGAAUCUAAAAGACUUAUUAAAUCUAAAUUAGGUGCCUUAAAUCCUAUGUUUAAUAAGGAAAAGUCCGAGGAAUUUGUUGCACAUAUGUAUAAAGAUAGAAAAGGUUCUAAUAAUCCUAUGUUUGGUAAAACUAAGUCUGAAGAAACCUUAGCGAAAAUAAGAAAAAAGGUUUAUGUUUAUGAUAGUAACAAACAAUUUAUUAAAUGUUAUGAUAGUAUAAAAUUUGCUGUAAAUGAUUUACACAUAGCUUUUGAAACAAUUAAAAAAUAUUUAGAUACAGAUAAAACAUAUAAAGAUAAAUACUUCUAUUCUGAACUGCAAUAA